CUCAUUCUCAAACCCCAUCAGCGCCAUAGUUCAGCGGCUUUCAAUGAAUCCUAUGCUGUACAAGUUUCAGUGAAAGUCAACCCUCGUUCCGUCAUGAGCCUAAAAAUGCCUGCUUCUCAGCCAAGGUCCACUGGCUGAUAAAUAAGCCAAUCUUACAUACGCCUCAGCGUUAGGCCUCUUUUAUAUCUCGGGUAUCGGGUUAUACACCAGAUUUGGCAUAUUGGCGUCUGGGUUAUUUUCGCAGGCAUAGCAAAGUAGCUCUUUGGAAGCACGGUCUCGUCAAAAGCACAGUCGGUUCUCCUCAAUGACAGCAUGGGAUCGCGAUCCUCUGGUCUGGUCUGGCUGCCUGAUUGGUACACCCUCCGUCUGUUCGCUGCUGGAUCAUCCCACGCCUUUGUUCAGGAUAUCUGGAUGGAGCAAACACGGCAUAGCAAAGCCGGUUACAGGAGCGGGAUUUCGCUGCAGGCCCCAGUGGGCGCCAAACCCCUCACCAGGCUUGGUGAUCCUUUGAUAGUCGCACCAUGUCGGGUCCCUGAUGACGACCACGGCCAAAAUGGGACGCUGCUGUGCAAGAUGAGCUUUCAGGACCCAAGACGUACCGGAGUAGAGACCAGAUACCUGUGUAUGGAGACUGCGAAACAGUUCAUUCGUCAGCACCAGCGAUAUCUUCGAAUGUUCUCUUUUUCCCCUAUAGCCAUGUGAUUCAACCUGGAUGUAGGCCACGUAGCAGGCCUUCCCUCGAUUUCCGUCGCGAUGCGAAGGUCCAGCGGUUCGUCGGCUGCUUUGCUUGGCAGCCUGCUCGGCUCUCGGAGACCGAUGAGGGGAGAAAGGGUAUUAUAACGCCAUCGACUAUGCCGAUGAUCACGACAGUCCAAUCUCCAACACACGCU